AUGCCACUGGCCGGGAGCGGGCUGGUAGUGAGGCCCGGGGCUGCGACCAGCCGGAUGUGGCCUUGGCGGGAGGCCGCAGGACGGGGCUUUCAGAGUGGUCCAGUGGGGAGCCUGGAGUCGCAGAGCCGCAGAGCCUGGCAAGGCUGCCGGAGGGGCCGCCUCAUCCGAGCCCUUGUGCACCGAGAGGCCUGGCAUCAGGGCGGGCCGGGAGGGAGGCCGCACUCUGCACCACUGCCCGGCUCCUGCCGGCUGCCCUGGGCUCUGUCUCCCACCACCCGCCGUGCCGCUUGCCACACAGCUCUGGCCCUCGGCCAGGACGCCCCCCCCCCCCCAUCCCCUCUCUGGGACUUGGGGACCAGCACCGCUGGAUGCCCCCGGCCCUUCCCCCGACGCUACGGCGAUGAGCGCAGGCUGGGCCUCCAGCCCCUACCGGCCACUGGGGUGCUGACGCCCCUGCCCAGAGCCAGGACCUUACAGCUGGCUGGCCUGGGCUGCUGGUCGGCGUCCUCCGGACUCCGGAGUCUGACUCCGGGCUCAGGUCCAGCCUCUACGGUCCAACCAACCUUAAGCCUCUGGUCUGUCUUUAGAAGAUGGGUGAUAACAGGGCACUCCUCGCCAGGGGCCUGGCGGAGACCCACGGGGUGCCCAGCUCAGCGCCUGGCACUCUUCCUGGCGGGCUUGCUGGGCUCUGCAUCAGCACCGCAGGCUCCAGUGGGCAUUUCCUGCCUCUUGCCCUUGCCUGGAGGACACCCCCCCCAAAUCGAGACCCUUCCUUCACCUACUGGGUGGAGGCCCGUGGGGGCUGGAGCCCCCUUCCCCCAACCGCCCUGGGUUCUGGGGUCCUCAGAAGGAGGCAGCCUCAAGGCAGUCUGGAGCAGGCCCCCGGGGGCCAGGAGGACUCCUGUGCAGACCAGCUCUGUUGGCCGCUGCCUGCAGCCUGCCUGCCUAGAGCAGCGUGGGGCGGGGCCUGGGGCAGGUGAGGCAGUGCUGGGCCCCGGGGGACCGGUGGUGUGGCUGCAGACCGCAGGCGGGCCACACCUUAGGUCCGGCGCCUCCUGAGGCCUGGGGGUCCAGGUGCCCCCAAGCGAGGGCCCUUGGCAAGGGGGCAGUGGGUGUCACGUGAAGGAGAACUGAAUCCUGGUCCCCCCACAGUCCCCAUCACCUUCAUGCCCGGGGGCUCUUGGUCUGGGUCCAGCUGUGCCCAGGGCGUGGGCCAGGAUGGAGGGUGGCCCUGGUGCUUGGGACCUCUCCCACUCACAGAGGGUUUUGUCAGCCUCCUGGAGGUCCUGGGGGUUCCUGAGGCCAUGGAUGAGGCUGGGCCUGGGAGGCCAGGGGGCGGGGCUGGAAAAGGGAGGGCUGCAGAGGGGGUGGGGCCUGUCCAGGGUUCAGAGAGGGCCUAGGGCUCAUAGCACGCAGAGGUUCGGGGAGAGCAGGGGGUUGGCAGAGGACUGGGGCAGAGGCGGGCAAGGAUUCCCGGAGAGAAGGGGCCCCUGGGAAGGCCCAGGCUCAGAGGAGAGAGGGUCGUGGAGACGGCAGAUUGACCAGAUUGAGCUGGUCAGAGGAAAAGGGGGCUUUAGGAGAGGAGAGGCUCUGGGUGCAGUCAGGGCCUCAGAGGAGGACAGGGACUUGGAGGGAGCUGGGGAAGGAAACCUGGGGCCCCGGUGCAUAGACACAACUUCUGGGGGGCUUUGGAUUCUGUGGAGGCUGGUGGGUUGGUAAAGAGAACCCAGCUCGGAGGCCACUUGCAUGGUGAGGUGAGGGGCUCCGGGAGAGGCAAAGAGGGCCGCGGCUUCUCCCUUGCAGACGGACCCGCUGGGACUUCUGCAGGAAGGGGAGGUCAGCUGGGGACAAGUGUGAGAGGGAAUGAGAGGGUGUGGCAUGAAUGGAGGCUCCCAGAAGGGGCUGGGCUGGGUGGGCCGGUGUUGAUUAGGGGAAGGGGCAUCUGCAGGGGACUAGGCCCAGGUGGGCCAGGCAGGGCUGGCAGAGAGGCAUGGGCAGCUGAGUGGACUUGUCUCCAAGGAGAUAAGUGUCAUUAGGGGCUUGGACAAGGACAUCUGGCCCCACGGGCAGAGGGGACGAACGGGUGAGAGGUCACGGCCUUGGAGACUGGACUGUAUGAGGAAUGCAGGUUCAGGAGGGUCCGGCUUCCGGCCGGUGCCUGAGGCCCCCACCCUGCGGUUGGGAGGAGGCGGGGAGGUGGCUGCGGCCGCCGGCGCGCCGUGAGUCAGGCUGGGGCUGCAGCCGCACGGCCGGCCUGGCGCUGCGGAGGGAGCUCAGGAGCGGGGACAGCGGCGCCGCCAGCCCCGCGUGCUCCCCCCGCCGAGGCUGGGCCGCCGGGACGCGGAGCGGCCGGGCAGACAG